AUGAAUAACAACGACAACGCCACUAACACUAGCAACAGCAGCAGCAACAGCAACAGCAACAACAGCAGCAACAGCAGCAACAGCAACAGCAGCAACAGCAACAACAGCAACAGCAACAACAGCAAGGACUUUCAGGACUUGUCUCCACUCUCAAAAUUGUCAUUAAGUGGAGAUUCCACCCCCAUGUCUAUAACUUCAUCUUCGUCCAAAUUGAACAAGGUGACAAAACCUUCUACUACAGAGCCAAAGAGAAAAAGAGUUACUCGUGCUUGUGACACUUGUCGUGCAAAAAAAGUCAAAUGUGACGGUAGACAGCCUUGCAUCCACUGUACAGUCUACUCCUUCCGCUGUACUUAUAAUGAACCAAAUAUAAGAAAUAAGAAAAACUCGGGCAUACCUAAACCGUCACUGCCAAAUGUGGUUGCGGCAUUGCACGCAGCAGCAGCUAAUGGCACCUUAUAUGGUGACCACCACCACCACCAAGGGAAUGGAACUCCGACCAGCGCCACCGUAGCCCACAACGCUAGUUUUGCUGUUGGUAAUGAAAGCAAUAGAAUUGGCAAUACAGCGAGCCCUGAAGCCGCAGGUGUGGCUACUACACACAUAUCUAAUGGUGUUUCUGUCGACUCGUUCCCCACAAAGAACUUAAUCAUUGCACAACAAAUCAUCAACGCCGUUCUUCCGAAACUACAAUUUAACUGCUUGGACCCAAAUUUAGAAUUUGACUUGGACAGGUUUCAAAAGGUAAUCUCGUACACCAAUCAAAAAUUGCCUUCAUCGGUAUUCAACGGGAGCGAAAUAGCCGACCUCAUGCUCGACAAGGAAGCCAUUGUACCACCGCCAAGAAAGGCAUCGACUGAAACUGUUAGUGAAGACUAUUCUGCAACUACUCCUCGUGAAGUCAAGUUGAUUCUUCCUAGCAAAGAAGAGGCGUUGGAGUUGAUUUACACUACUUGGAACAAAGCAUGUGUUUUGUUUAGGUUUUACCACCGGCCAUCACUUAUUCAAGAGAUUGACUUGUUGUACUCGUUGGAUCCUAGCGAGUACGGUGAUAGACAGCAGAAAUUUCUUCCGUUUCUUUACUCAAGUUUAGCUUGUGGAUGUUUAUUUAGUAAAUCACCCUACACGAAAACUACCCACAAUGAGAAUUUGGAAGAUGACGGUUUCAAGUAUUUCUUGGAGGCGAGAAAAUUGAUGGAUAUAACCAAUGUUGGAGAUAUUAGCUCGAUUCAAACUAUUGUUAUGAUGAUCAUGUACUUGCAAUGUUCAGCUAGAUUGUCCACUUGCUAUUCAUACAUUGGUAUAGCUCUCAGAAGCGCUUUGAAGGAGGGAUUGCAUCGAAAUUUGUCAAUAUUUCAAAAUUCUAAACGCAAGUUGGAUCCAAUGGAGAUUGAUACUAGAAAACGUUUGUUUUUCACAAUUUACAAGAUGGAUAUAUACAUCAACAGUUUAUUGGGGUUGCCUCGUUCAUUAACUGAAGACCAAUUUGACCAAGAGUUGCCAGAUGAUUUGGAUGACGAAAAUGUUACUAGAGAAGGCUACUUAUAUGACAGACAAGGAGGCCGGUUGAGUUCAGCUGGAUGUGCUAAUUACCACACAAAAUUGAUGUUUAUAUUGUCACAUAUUCUCAAGGAACUUUAUCCAGUCAAGAUAGUACACACCGAGGAUAACAAAUUCUAUCAUCACGAACGGCAACAACAUCCACAGGAGCAGAAUCAUCACUCACGUGGGUCUCCAGCCAGCCUGCAAGUAUCUCCUCGUCAGCUACCUCAACAACACUAUGCAACUUCGUCCAAACCGGAACCAUUUACAAGCUCGUCAACGACAUCAACUUCCAAUUUGAGUAAGAACUCACUGACACCAACGACCCCGUUGCCAUCAGCUCCUGAUAGAAUCCACACCAAAGUCACAGAGUUGGAGAUGGAGUUGAAGGUGUGGUUGGAUAGUUUACCACGUGAAUUGAAACCCACAGACCCCAAUGUCAAACAAACAGAUAUUCCGAAAAAGUUUAUUCUUGCAAACUACUAUCUACACUUGUCAUUUUUGAAUUGCCAGAUUAUGCUUUAUCGCCCAUUUAUCCAUUUUGUCAGUGACUCAAUGAAUGGCUCCUUAUCUGAUCCAAGAUCUUUAAUUCGAGGAAGAAACUGUAUCAAGAUUGCCCGUAUGGUUGUUAAAUUGGCCAACAAGAUGAUUGAUGAGCAGUUGUUGAUUGGUACAUAUUGGUUUUCCAUGUACACCAUCUUUUUCAGUAUUGCAUGCUUGAUGUAUUAUUUCCAUUUUGCAAACUACAACAACAAUGGACAUGGAGUUAAUGCGUUUGGGGUUUUGUUUGAUGACGAUUUGAAUGUUGAGGUGAUUAAGAAGGAUAUUGAGAUUGGGAAGAAAGUAUUGGACUCGUUGAAGAAUUCUUCAAAUAGUUCUUUGCGUAUUUAUAAUAUGUUGAAUACGUUGUUUGAACAAUUGAAUCGCAGGACUGCGUCGAAAACGGUACACAAGAAACAACAACCACAACAACAACAACAACAGAAUGCCAACAUUCUUCUUCAAGAGAAUGUCCAGAGCACUUUUAAAAACUUUGAUGAGAACAACAAGUAUAUGCACGAUGCCAAGAAGGAUGAAUUGAGCGAGUUUUUCAAGGAUGCUAGCAUUGCCCGAUUUCAGUCGACUUCGGAAAUACCCAAGGAUUUGGCCAAUAUUGAAAAACUCUCGGUAAUCAAAGAGGAAGACAACGAAGAGAUUGGUGGGAAUACAGGAGCAGGACUUACUUCCAACUAUAUGCCGGGGGUGUUUGAUAAGCUUGAUGCCCAAAUAUUUGGAAAGAUUCUCCCUCCUUAUAUGUAUGAUCAACAGCAGUUGCCAACUAACCAGCAACAACCACCGCCACAACAACAACAACUUUCACAACAACAACAACUACAACAUUUUCAACACCCGCCCCAGCAGUUCGCUUCAUCCACUGGCCAACCAAUACAACAGUUUGCACCAUAUGAACAAGAACAAGGAAGCAACAUAUAUAACACGGGCAAUUCGUUUGUUCCAAAUACUAACAAAUACAACCCGGAUGAAGGUUUGAAUUUCGAAGAGAUUUUUGGAGCUUUGGACGGAUUUGCUGCGGGAAAUAUGGGGGAUGGCGGUGUUGGCGAGAACAAUCCUAUUGAUUAUCUAGCACCAUUUUGA